UGCAGCUCUACCUCACAGCACACAAAACACCGGCUACACCAACCUCCGUUUGGUUUUUGCGGUGGUGAGAACGCGCCAAGUCUGACCAGCAGAGAGUCACGAAAACAGAGAGCCGUCGCAAUGUUGAACAUCAGAGCCUGGAGACCAAUUGCUACCAAGGUAGCUGCACAGCCGCGUCCCUUUCCCCGGAUACUCAGAUGCUACUCGGCCGAGAGCUCGACGUAUGAGUUCAUCAAGGUGUCGUCGCCCAAGCCGGGCGUUGGCUUGAGUACGUGCAGAGCCCCUUCAACGCCUACAUCACGAAGCGUGCGCCUCCGGGCACCUCAGACGUAGCAAUGGUGGAUCGGGACGGGCAGUACAUCCCCGUUGUCGUCAAUGAUCAAGUGCACUGACAAGAAUUUCCUGUCUCGCAGUCGAACUCAACCGGCCCAAAGCCCUCAACGCGCUGUGCACGCCCCUCUUCCGCGAGCUCAACGCGGCGCUCAAGAAGUACGACGCGGACCCCUCGAUCGGCGCAAUCGUGCUGACCGGCUCCGAGCGCGCCUUCGCGGCAGGCGCCGACAUAAAGGAGAUGAAGGACCUGACGUUUUCCGCCGCGUACGGCGGCGACUUCAUCGAGCUGUGGUCCGACAUGGCGUCGCAGAUCAAGAAGCCCGUCAUCAGCGCGGUCAAUGGCCACGCCCUCGGCGGCGGCUGCGAGCUCGCCAUGAUGGCCGACAUCAUGUACUGCUCCGCCGGCGCCAACUUCGGCCAGCCCGAGAUCAAGCUGGGCACCAUUCCCGGCGCGGGCGGCUCGCAGAGGCUGACGCGCGCCAUUGGCAAAAGCCGCGCUAUGGAGCUCAUCCUCACCGGCAACUCCUUCUCCGGCAAGCAGGCCGGCGAGUGGGGGCUCGCCGCGAAGGUGUUCGACACGCCGCAGGAGUGCUUGGACGGCGCGAUCGCAACCGCCGAAAAGAUUGCCAGCUACAGCCGCAUCGCCGUCAAGGCCUGCAAGGAGGUUGUGAACAAGAGUCAGGAUCUUGGUCUCAGGGAAGGCGUCGAGUUCGAGCGAAGGGUCUUCCACGGGUUGUUUGGCAGCCGGGACCAGAAGAUUGGCAUGGGCGCCUUUGCGGAGAAGAAGAAGCCCGAGUGGAGCCACGAGUAGAGCGAUUCUGUUUCACAAGAUCAAAGGGCGAGAACACAAAUGAAAGACGAAGAGGGAACGCGAAUCUUGUUGAUAGUUGGCCGAAAAAAGAAAUGUAAAAACACUUGGGACUUUUUUUUGAUUCCCAACAACUCGAGAUGUUGAAUGAAAUCUCCAUUGCCAAUGUUCCAGAAAAGAAACACCCUCGUACCCGGGUUAUCCAAGAUAUAGAACAACCGAACAUCUGCCAGAGAGCUAG